AUGAGAGAUAUACUAGAGCACAUUGGGAGGACUUGUAGAGGUUUUGAGGGGUUGCAUAUGUCUCAUGCAUUGGUUGAUGUGGAUUUGGCUAAGGACAUUGUGAAAUAUGUGCCCAAGAUUAAGUACUUGUGUUUGAGGAAGGCCAAGAUUCGCAAGAGGGAGCUUAUUGUGUUGAUCAAGGGGUGCAGGGAGCUUGCGGUUUUGGAUGUUAGGGACUGUGUGGGUUUUACUGAGCUUGAUAGGGAAUUAGCAAAGCUUGGUGCUCACAUUGCAGAGUUUAGGAUGGAGGGUUCGAACCGGUUCAUGCCGCGGGAAUGGGAGUUUGAUGGGGUUAUUAAUUGGAUUAGAGGAUAUAGUAGUUCUUAG